GGGACCCUCUCAGAACCGGGCACACCCCUGUUUCUUUGAUUGUAGUGGAGUCCGAGAGGAGGCUGCGCAGGCGCGUGGCGGACGGCGCGGGUCGGCCUCGGUCGCCUGCAGUGACCAGUUCCCGAGCGCGACCCUGGCGGGAGGUCUGGGGGUGCGCCUGGACCCCAGCCUCUGGGGAGCGUCAGGACCAGGGCACCUCAGCCUCUCCCUGCGCAGCCUGAGGAUGCCGCUCUUCGGGAACACCUUCAGUCCCAAGAAGACGCCGCCUCGCAAAUCUGCUUCUCUCUCCAACCUGCAUUCUCUGGAUCGGUCAACCCGGGAGGUGGAGCUGGGCCUCGACUAUGGAACCCCCACCAUGAACCUGGCAGGACAGAGCCUCAAGUUCGAGAACGGCCAGUGGAUCACAGAGGUCGGUGGUGCAGUGGACCGCAGGGAGGCACAGCGCCUCCGCCGGCGCAACCAGCAGCUGGAGGAAGAGAACAAUCUCCUGCGGCUGAAAGUGGACAUCCUGCUGGACAUGCUCUCAGAGACCACUGCUGAGUCCCACCUCAUGGAGAAGGAGCUUGAUGAACUGAAGAGUGCCGGCCGGAGGAGGAAGUGAAGGCCCACGGACGUUCAAGGGAGAGCAGGGUGCCCCCCACUGGCUGAGGGGAGGCACUGGCUGAGCAGGUGUUUGGGUUUAGUUUUUAUUUUUAGCCAAACUAAUGGACUGGGCCCUGGAA